UUCUCCACCUCGACUAUCGAUCGGCAAUUUGAUAACACAUGCCAUAUAUAAAUAUUGUACAAAUAAAACAAUGCCGCAAACUAAAUGCGAACCUUGCACGACAAACACACAAAACAUGAGCGGACAAGCGGACAUUGCACUCAUCGGCCUAGCCGUCAUGGGCCAAAAUCUGAUCCUCAACAUGGACGAGAAGGGCUUUGUGGUGUGCGCCUACAACCGUACAGUGGCCAAGGUCAAAGAGUUCCUCGCCAACGAGGCCAGAGGCACCAAUGUGAUUGGUGCCGAUUCUCUCAAGGACAUGGUGGCCAAGCUGAAAACCCCUCGCAAGGUCAUGCUGCUGGUCAAAGCUGGCAGUGCGGUGGAUGACUUCAUUCAGCAGCUGGUGCCGCUGCUCUCCGCCGGCGAUGUGAUCAUCGAUGGCGGCAACUCCGAGUACCAGGACACAUCCCGCCGCUGCGACGAGCUGGCCAAACUGGGCCUGCUCUAUGUGGGAUCCGGGGUGAGUGGUGGCGAGGAGGGUGCCCGCCACGGACCCUCCCUCAUGCCCGGUGGCCACGAGGCCGCCUGGCCCCUCAUCCGACCCAUCUUCCAGGCGAUUUGCGCCAAGGCCGACGGCGAGCCCUGCUGCGAGUGGGUGGGCGACGGCGGUGCCGGCCACUUUGUCAAGAUGGUGCACAAUGGCAUCGAGUACGGCGAUAUGCAGCUCAUUUGCGAGGCCUACCACAUUAUGCAGAGUCUGGGCCUGUCGGCUGACCAGAUGGCCGACGAGUUUGGCAAAUGGAACUCGGCGGAGCUGGACUCCUUCCUCAUCGAGAUCACCCGGGACAUUCUCAAGUACAAGGAUGCCAAGGGGCAUCUGCUUGAGCGGAUUCGCGACACUGCUGGCCAGAAGGGCACGGGCAAGUGGACGGCCAUUGCUGCCCUCCAAUACGGAGUACCGGUGACGCUAAUUGGCGAGGCCGUCUUCUCGCGCUGCCUGUCCGCCCUGAAGGACGAACGUGUCCAGGCCAGCCAAUCGCUGAAGGGACCCUCGACCAAGGCGAGGGUGGACAACCUCACCAAGUUCCUCGACGACAUCAAGCAUGCCCUGUACUGUGCCAAGAUCGUGUCCUAUGCUCAGGGAUUCAUGCUGAUGCGGGAGGCGGCCAGCGAGAAUAAGUGGCGUUUGAACUACGGCGGCAUUGCACUGAUGUGGCGCGGCGGCUGCAUCAUUCGCAGCGUUUUCCUGGGCAACAUCAAGGAUGCGUACACGUCGCAGCCGCAGUUGUCGAACCUCCUGCUGGACGACUUCUUCAAGAAGGCCAUCGAGCAGGGGCAGGACUCGUGGCGCGAGGUGGUCGCCAAUGCCUUCCGCUGGGGCAUCCCUGUGCCGGCCCUCUCCACCGCUCUCAGCUUCUACGAUGGCUAUCGCACGGCCAAGCUGCCCGCCAAUCUACUUCAGGCCCAGCGUGACUACUUCGGAGCCCACACCUACGAGCUGCUCGGCCAGGAGGGUCAGUUCCAUCACACCAACUGGACGGGCACCGGCGGCAAUGUGUCCGCUAGUACCUACCAGGCGUAGGCUGAUCUACUUCCAGCUCCUCCUUUUCCCGCUCACACACAUUCCAUGUCAUAUAGGCCCCGGGUGUCUGCCUUUUUUUUCUAAAGUACUUUAGUACUUAUUUAUACCAUUAAUAUAUAUGUGUAUGUAUAUAUAAUUUCAUAUUUGUUGUUUAAACAUAACAUUAAAUUGGUGUUUUUUUGCUAGCAAA